CACGUAGCUUCUACCCGUUCGGCCGUUCCCAGACUCGUCUUUCUCUUCCUCCGAUUUCAUUUCUAUCCUCCUCCAACCCCUCUCUUUCCGUCAAGUUUCCGACUUGUGAAACCAAAUAAGAAAUCAAACAAGGUGGAUUUGGAAACCCUAAGCUUAAUCUGAACAUUUCUACUUCAGUUAUGAGAUUUUAAGUUAUGGCUCCGUUUGCGUCAUCUUCCCCCUGGAUGUGUCCCUGCCUCUGCAUCACUCUGCUAUAUUUGGUUUUCUGUUUUCCAUCCUGCCGCCUCUUUCAUAUGAACUGAGAAUAGUAUGGACACAGUUGCUGAUGUAGGCUGGUAUAUUCUUUCUGAAGAUCAACAAAUUGUUGGCCCUUAUGCAAUUUCUGAGUUGCGAGAGCAUUUUUUAAAUGGAUACCUCUCCGAAAGUACACUUGCAUGGUCUGAAGGGAGAAGUCAGUGGCAACCAUUGUCCUCAAUUCCUGAGUUUGUUUCUGUAAUUUCUCAUCAGACCAACAAUAUUUCUGCUACAGUGCCCUCAGGCGAUGGUGUUACUCUCUUGAACAGAAUGGAGGUGCCAUCCAAUGAUCCUGGUGCCAGUGAUGAAUUUGAGAAGUGGCAGAGAGAGAUUAGAGAGGCAGAGGCUGAGGCAGAACGUUUGAAAAAUGGAUCUGUUUCUAUAAGUACUGGUGAUGGCUUCAGUUUUGAUGACCAGGAUAGGCCUCUAACACCGCCAGAAGGUGAAGAAGAAUUUACUGAUGAUGAUGGAACCAGGUACAAGUGGGAUAGAAGUCUGAGAGCAUGGGUUCCUCAGGAUGACGCAUCAACAAAAAAUGAGAACUAUGGAGUAGAAGAGAUGACAUUCUUGAAAGAAGAUGAAGUUUUUCCAACUGUAAGUGCUAUUGAUGCUGCUGAUGCCUCUGUUAGAGAAGAUGUUAAUGGAAGUGGUGAGAAAAUGGAAGUUAGCUCUAGUCCCAAGAGAAAAUUGUUGGAAAAACCAGUUGAUAAGAAGGAAGCUAAUAAACCUCCCGAUUCGUGGUUUGAAUUGAAAGUAAAUACACAUGUCUAUGUGACUGGACUGCCCGAUGAUGUUACUGCAGAAGAAUUGGUUGAGGUGUUCUCCAAGUGCGGAAUAAUCAAAGAGGAUCCUGAAUCAAAAAGACCUCGUGUGAAGAUCUAUGUUGACAAGGAGACAGGAAGGAAAAAGGGGGAUGCACUUGUUACAUAUCUAAAGGAGCCCUCUGUUGCUUUAGCAGUUCAAAUUUUGGAUGGAACUCCUUUUCGUCCUGAUGGAAAGAUCCCUAUGUCAGUCAGCCAAGCUAAAUUCGAGCAGAAAGGGGAUAAAUUCAUAACCAAGCAAGUGGACAGCAGGAAGAAAAAGAAGCUGAAGAAAGUUGAGGAGAGGAUGCUCAGCUGGGGUGGCCGUGACGAUGCAAAGUUGUCAGUUCCGGCGACUGGUCUUCGUAACAUGUUUACACCUACCGAAAUGAGGGCAGAUGAGAAUUUGUGUUCAGAGCUGGAGGAAGAUAUUAAAGAGGAAUGCUUAAAGCUUGGUCCACUGGACUCGGUCAAGGUUUGUGAGAACCAUCCCCAAGGUGUUGUUUUGGUCAAAUACAAGGAUAGGAAGGAUGCUCAAAAGUGCAUAGAGUUGAUGAAUGGACGAUGGUUUGGUGGGAGACAGAUACAUGCAAGUGAAGAUGAUGGAACGGUUAAUCAUGCUUUGGUGCGGGAUCUGGACGGGGAUGCCGUUCGACUCGAACAAUUCGGUGCUGAACUUGAAGCCGAAUGAUUUGGCUCAUUGCCCAGGACUUUGGGAUAUAUAUUUGAACCCCACUGGACUCUUGUUUUUGUUUUGUGGCACUAGUAAGCUCUGCCUUUGUAUCAAAUGAGAACUCCUAUUUAGAUACCAUUAUCCAUGUUUAGCAAUUUCGAUCUUGGAU